CAACAAAUUCCAUUCAUUCAUUCAUUCAUCUGAGAGUGAAAAAAAUGGAGUGCCAAUUUCCUUAGCAAAAAAAUCACCAAUCUAAAAACCCUAAUUCCUUUUUUGUUUGUCUUCUGCAAAACCCUGAUUUGUUGUUCCAAGAAAAAUGGGGGAAGAAGAAGAUGAACAGAAGAAGAAGAUGAUGAGGAAACCAAUCCCACCAUACAUGAAAGCAAUAUCAGGAUCAGUAGGAGGCAUAGUUGAAGCAUGUUGUUUGCAACCAAUAGAUGUGAUAAAAACAAGAUUGCAAUUAGAUAGAAGUGGUGUUUACAAAGGGAUAUCACAUUGUGGUAAUACUGUUAUAAAGACAGAAGGUGUUAGAGCAUUAUGGAAAGGAUUAACACCAUUUGCUACUCAUUUAACCCUCAAAUAUGCACUUAGAAUGGGUUCUAAUGCUAUGUUCCAAACUGCAUUCAAAGAUAGAGAUACCGGGAAGCUUAGUUAUCAAGGGAGAUUGAUGUCUGGGUUUGGUGCUGGUGUUCUUGAAGCUCUUGUUAUUGUUACACCAUUUGAGGUGGUGAAGAUUAGAUUGCAGCAGCAGAAAGGACUAAGCCCUGAGCUCCUCAAGUACAAAGGACCUGUACACUGUGCAACCACUAUCGUUCGUCAAGAAGGCAUCCUCGGGCUCUGGGCAGGGGCUGCACCAACUGUUAUGCGAAAUGGAACAAACCAGGCAGCCAUGUUCACAGCCAAGAACACUAUAGAUGUGAUUUUAUGGAAAAAGCAUGAAGGGGAUGGGAAGGUAAUCCAGCCAUGGCAGUCCAUGGUAUCAGGGUUCUUAGCUGGAACUGUAGGUCCUGUAUGCACUGGACCGUUUGAUGUCGUGAAAACAAGGCUGAUGGCUCAAAGUCGUUCUGCAAAUGAUGUGAAGUAUACUGGCAUGGUCCACGCCAUCAGAACCAUAUUCCAAGAAGAAGGUUUGCGUGCUUUGUGGAAAGGGUUGCUGCCUCGGCUCAUGAGGAUUCCACCUGGUCAGGCCAUCAUGUGGACUGUGGCUGACCAAGUGACCGGCUUUUAUGAGAAGAGAUACAACUAGCAUGCUCCCUUGUAAGUCCUCAUCAAGAACACAUCUGCUUUUCUUGUGUGUUUUUUUUUCUGGCUCCCAACUUACUGUCAAUCUCCGAAAUAGGACGUUUUUUCUUUUAAACUCUUCUGUUAGCUUUCCGUUCAGCUAAAUUAAUCCAGGACAGGAUUCCACCUCGAGGGAAGAAACCAUCUAGAAGAUAUUAGGUUGCAUAUAUUGUGAAUCCCCCAACUAUUCUUUGCUUGUAUAAUGAAAUGCAGGGCUAAAUGUUGAUGCCAAUUCUUGUUUGCGUAGAACAAAAGGGUACACAGUUGUUUAUGUUCAUAUA